AUGGGGUUUGGCAGGAGGAUAUGGGUACCAGAAUGGGCUUUCCUGUUAGCAGUUUGCUGUAUCCAUCAGAUAGUUUCAUCUAAGGUGAAUAUCAUCCAGCCAAUGCUGACAAAUCCAAUAAUAACACCUUCCAAUCCUGCUCACAAUGGCCGUGUGUGCAGCACAUGGGGCAACUUUCACUUCAAGACCUUUGAUGGAGACAUAUUCUUCUUCCCUGGGCUCUGUAAUUAUGUUUUUGCAUCCCAUUGCAAUGCUGCCUAUGAGGAUUUCAACAUCCAGAUUAGGCGCAUAGUGGUGGAAAAUGCUCCAACGAUCAGCUAUAUCACCAUGAAACUUGAAGGUGUAGUUGCUGAACUAACAAAGGAUGUUAUCAUGAUCAACAGCAACAGAGUUCAACUUCCAUACAGUCAAUCUGGAAUUACAAUAGUGAAAAGCAGCAGCUACGUGAAAAUAGUCAGCAAAACGGAUGUUGUGUUAAUGUGGAAUGAAGAUGACAGUAUCCUGCUGGAAUUGAAUGAGAAAUAUGCCAAUCAGACCUGUGGACUUUGUGGGGACUUCAAUGGCUUUCCAGUUUACAAUGAGUUCUAUUCAAACAAUAUUAAGAUGACAGCCUUGCAGUUUGGGAAUAUGCAGAAACUGGAUGGGCCAACAGAACAUUGUGAAGACUCCACUUCUACCCUGCCAGAUAGUUGCACUGAUCAUUUUGAUGACAUAUGCCAGAAGACAUUGACCAGCUCUGCAUUUGCAGAGUGCAAUAUCCUAGUUGAUGUUAGAGAGUACAUUAGGGCUUGCGAAGAUGACUUGUGCCACUCUGAAGAGUCUAAAAAUGCCUCAUGUAUCUGUGACACCUUUGCUGAAUACUCUCGGCAGUGCGCUCAUGCUGGUGGGCAUCCUCUGAACUGGAGAACCUCAAAACUGUGCCCCAAGAAGUGUCCAUACAACAUGCAGUACCAGGAGUGCAGCUCCCCCUGUGCUGACACAUGCACCAACCCCGAACGAUCUCAGUUUUGUGAAGAACACUGUAUGGAUGGUUGUUUCUGCCCCCCAGGGACUGUAUUUGAUGACAUCAACAAUUCUGGCUGCAUUCCUCGUCAGCAGUGCUCCUGUGUUUACAAUGGCAACACCUACGCUACAGGAACUUCUUUUUCAGAGCAGUGCCAUUCCUGUACCUGCGAUGGAGGCCAGUGGAGUUGCCAAGACAUGCCAUGCCCAGGAACAUGUUCAGUAGAGGGAGGUUCACAUAUUUCCACAUAUGAUAAAAAACAUUACGAUCACCAUGGAGACUGCACUUACAUCCUUUCCAAGCACUGUACAGAUGAAACAUUCACCAUCCUCGUAGAACUACGCAGAUGUGGCCUAACAGACACUGAGACAUGCUUGAAGACAGUGACCCUCAACAUGAAUAAAGGACAAACUCUCAUCGAGGUCAAACCUGAUGGUGGUGUGUUUGUGAAUUCGAUCUACACCCAUCUACCCAUCUCAGCAGCUAAUGUCACCGUGUUCAGACCUUCAUCAUUCUUCAUCAUCAUGCAGACAAACUUUGGUGUCCACCUUGAAAUCCAAAUCACACCCAUCAUGCAAGUGUUUGUACGACUGGAUCCUGUUUUCAAAGACCAGACCUGUGGUCUCUGUGGAAAUUUCAAUAACAUCCAAACUGAUGACUUCAAGGUCAUAAGUGGAAUAAUUGAAGGAACAGCAACAGCAUUUGCUAAUACAUGGAAAACUCAGGCCUCAUGCCCUAAUAUCCAGCAGAGCUUUGAGAACCCUUGUGCACUCAGCAUUGAUAAUGAAAAAUAUGCUCAGCAUUGGUGUGGACUACUAACUGACAGCGAAGGACCUUUUGCUGAUUGUCACUAUGCAGUGAAUCCCUCUGUUCACCACACGAACUGCAUGUUUGACACAUGUAACUGUGAAAAUAGUGAGGACUGUCUGUGUGCAGCCCUGUCUUCCUAUGUGAGAGCUUGUGCUGCAAAGGGAGUCCUGCUGCAUGGGUGGAGGACUGAUGUCUGCUCAAAAUACACCACCUCAUGUCCCAAAUCGCUAAGCUACAGCUAUACCAUCUCUUCCUGUCAACCCACGUGUCGGUCCCUGAGUGAGCCUGAUGUCACAUGCAACAUUAAGUUUGUCCCAGUUGAUGGCUGCGCCUGUGCAAAUGGAACCUACAUGGAUGAGAGCGGCAAAUGUGUGCCUCCUAAUGAAUGCCCCUGCUACUACAGAGGAUCUCCCAUACCAUUUGGAGAAGCUAUCCAUGAAAAUGGGCUUGUAUGCACUUGCAUCCAGGGAAGACUGAAUUGCAUUGGAGCACCUAAUCCAACUCCAGCCUGUGAACCUCCCAUGGUCCACUUCGACUGUAGAAACAUCACUGCAGGAACAACUGGAGCAGAGUGUCAGAAAAGUUGCCAAACUCUGGAUAUGCAGUGUUAUAUCACAAAAUGUAUACCUGGCUGCGUGUGCCCAAGUGGGCUUGUGUUAGAUGGGAAUGGUGGUUGUAUUCCUGAAGAAGAGUGUCCAUGUAUUCACAAUGAAGCCAUGUAUCAGCCUGGGGAAAAAAUCAACGUUGACUGUAACACCUGUGUAUGCAAGAAUAGGAAGUGGGAAUGCACCAAAGAUCAAUGUCUGGGCACUUGUGCUGUUUAUGGAGAUGGUCAUUAUAAUACCUUCGAUGACAAAAGGUUCAGCUUCAAUGGAAACUGUGAAUACACACUGGUCCAGGACCACUGUGGGAAGAGUGGCACAGUGAAUGGGACCUUCAGGGUUAUCACUGAAAAUAUUCCCUGUGGCAACACUGGGACGACUUGCUCAAAAUCUAUCAAAGUUUUCUUAGAGAGCUAUGAACUGAUACUUGGUGAGGAGCACGUCAGUGUCUUAAAGAGAGGACAAGAUGAUGAGGUGCCAUACACAGUCCGCUAUAUGGGUGUGUACUUGGUAAUUGAGACCACAAGUGGACUGAUCCUCCUGUGGGACAAGAAAACCAGCAUCUUCAUCAAGCUCAGCCCUGAUUUUAAGGGUCAGGUCUGUGGCCUCUGUGGAAAUUAUGAUGGCAACGGCAUCAAUGACUUUACUACAAGGAGUCAGUCUGUGGUAGAGAAUGUCCUAGAGUUUGGAAACAGCUGGAAAGUAUCCUCCACAUGUCCUGAUGCUCACAGCAUAAAGGAUCCAUGUUCUACCAACCCCUAUCGAAAGUCCUGGUCAGAGAAGCAGUGUAGCAUCAUCAACAGCAAUAUCUUUGCUGCCUGUCACUCUCAGGUUGAACCAGCAAAAUAUUACCAAGCUUGUGUGACAGACGCUUGUGCCUGUGACACUGGAGGAGACUGUGAUUGCUUCUGCACAGCAGUAGCUGCCUAUGCUCAAGCGUGCAGUGAAGUUGGUGUCUGCGUAACCUGGAGAACCCCAUCGAUCUGUCCAUUGUUCUGUGAUUACUACAAUCAACAAGGGGAAUGUGAAUGGCACUAUAAGCCUUGUGGAGCCUCCUGUAUGAAGACCUGUAGAAACCCCAGUGGAAAAUGCCUCCAUAACUUGCCAGGUUUAGAAGGCUGCUACCCUAACUGCCCACCAGACAAGCCGUAUUUUCAUGAGGAUCAGAUGAAGUGCGUUAGUCUCUGUGACUGUUAUGAUAAUGAAGAUGGCAAGAUAUAUAGACGGGAUGAAUGUCAUUUAUGUGAAUGCACAUCAGACGGCUUACAGUGCAAGUAUGAUGAUAAAGCAUGCCACUGCAUUUAUGAAGGGAACAGCUAUAAAUAUGGUGAACUCAUCUACAACACCACAGAUGGAACUGGAUGGUGUUUCAGUGCAACAUGCGAUGUCAAUGGAACAAUAAACAGAGAUAUCUUUAGAUGUGACUUCUUUACAACAACCCCAUUCACAUUUUCUACAAGUCAGCCCACAACUACUGUUUCAGAAAUAACAACUGCGACACCAGUGACAACUGUAUGCGUAAAGAAUGUGUGUGCAUGGUCGGAAUGGUAUGAUUCCACACAGCCUGAAAACAAAGAGGAGAGUGGAGAUUAUGAAACAUUCGAAAAUCUCAGAGAAAAGGGAUACAGUGUGUGUAAAAACCCAAAGAGUGUUCAAUGCAGAGCCAAGGAAUACCCUGAUACAGAAAUAAACAAUCUUAACCAAACGGUACAGUGCAGUCAAAGCAGAGGAUUAACUUGCAAUAACAAAGACCAACAAUCAAAGCACUGCUAUAAUUAUGAAAUCAGAGUAUCAUGCUGCAGCUACAUACCGUGCACAGAACUAAAAACUACAACAGCAAAACCCACAGAAGUAUUCACAACCACUGCUGUAAAAUCAACACCAUUUACAAUACAGACAAUGCUAAAAACAACAACAAAAAACCAAGUAACUGAAGCACAAAAAACUGAAGUCCCUAAAAUAUCAACAACAGUCAGUGGAAGCACAACACCUCUGGCUGAAACUUCAGCUACAAUAAAAACAUCACAAGUCUCAACAACAGGGCACCAGACCAUGUCAACUCCAUCAGAAAAAAGCACUGUGGCAAAAGAGACACCAACAAAACCCACAACUGCCUCUACCCAGACAGAAGUGACAACCACCGCUGCCACCACCAGUGUCCCCACUUCCACGGCCCCACCAACACGAGGCACAACCAUCCUCUCUACCACCAGCAGAGCCACCACCACCAAGACAUCUCCCCCUCCAACAAAAGGAACAACUGUCAUCACACCAAAAGUGACCACCUCAGCCAUCAGCACUACCACGACCACCACAGGAAGCACCACAACCUCCACAGCCACGUCUGCUCCAGAGGAAACCUCCACCACAGCAACCCAAACCACAGCACCCACAACAACUGCCUCCACCCAGACAGGAGUGACAACCACUGCUGCCACCACCGGUGCCCCUACUUCCACGGCCCCACCAACACAAGGCACAACCAUCCUCUCUACGACCAGCAGGGCCACCACCACCGAGUCCUCUCCCCCUCAUACACAAACCACAACCUUCAGCAUACCCACAACAACAACGUCCACCUCCAACACCACAGACAACUGCGUGCCGCGCUGUGCCUGGACGCAGUGGUUUAACUUGGAUUCCCCGAGCCCUGGGAGCGAAAACGGAGACAUAGAGACGUUUGCGAAGAUCCGAGACGCGGGUUAUGCACUGUGUGACAAGCCACGGGACAUCCUGUGCCGUGCUAAGGAUUACCCGAAUCGGAGUCUGGACCAACUGGGUCAGGUGUUGGAGUGCAGUCUUGAAACUGGGCUUGUGUGCAGAAAUAAGGAUCAGAUCACAAAGUACCCCAUGUGCUUCGACUAUGAGGUCAGGGUGGAGUGCUGUGACCGUAGGCACUGCGCGACAACACCAGCUCCCCCAAGCACCUUUGCAACCUCCACCAGCACAGCCUCGACUGCAAAAACCUCCACUGUAGUAACACAAACUACAGCACCAACAACUGCCUCCACCCAGUCUGGUGUGACAACCACCGCUGCGACCACCGGUGUCCCCACUUCCACUGUCUCACCAACACGAGGCACAACCAUCCUCUCUACCAGCAGCAGGGCCACCACCACCGAGACAUCUCCCCCUCUGACAGAAGGAACAACUGUCAUCACACCAACACCAUCAGUGACCACCUCAGCCAUCAGCACUGCCACAACCACCACAGGAAGCACCACAACCUCCACAGCCACGUCUGCUCCAGAGGAAACCUCCACCACAGCAACCCAAACCACAGCUCCAACAACUGCCUCCACCAUUAGCAGUACAUAUACUCUUCCAACUUCUGUUUCUUCUACUGGACAAAGUACUGCCACUACUGUUUUUCCCACAAGUUUCACUACUACCGUCAGCCCAGUAACUACAACUGGUAUAAUACAAUCAAGUCAUGGUACAAGCAGCACUUCUGCAAUCUUCAGUCCUUCCUCCAGCAUACCUGUCACAACAGAAGCGAGCACACAUGUUACAUCUCAUGGAACAACUUCAUGUCUCUGUCAUGUGUUUGGUAAUUUUUUCUCUCCAGGGGAAGUGGUGUACAACAGAACAGAUAUGGCUGGCUGUAAUUUUUAUGCACUUUGCAGCAGUGAAUGUGAAAUUCACCCGUUCCAGGGGUCAUGUCCUGUGACAACUCCUUUCACCUCAGUCGCCACAGAAUCUACAACACAAGCUGCCUCAUCCACAGAACAUGUAUUUCCUUCUGUCUCGCCAACCACAGCAACGUCCCUCACAACUUUAGUAGAACGAAACUGUACUGAUGUCAACCCUCCACGAAAGCCUGGAGAGAAAUGGAUAAAUGAAUGCCAGGAGUGUGUCUGUGACCCCGUUACUGCUAAUGCACAAUGCCACCGGCUCCUAUGCCCAACAGUUCAGACGCCAAUUUGUGACCUAGGAUUUGUUUCCACUCUUGUACUACCAAAAGAUUCUUGCUGUCCUGAAUAUAAAUGCGAACCAAUAGAUGGCACCUGUGUGAUUAACGGUACAGUGUACACGGUUGGAACGUCAACAGUAAUCAAUUCAUGUAAGAACUGUACCUGCAGCUCUGAGAAAGAUCCGGUGACUAAGGCAAAUAUUGUGCAUUGUGAAACAGUUCAAUGUGAAACAUCUUGCCCUCUGGGUCAUCAAUAUAUGAUUGAGGAUGGAGAGUGCUGCGGGAAGUGUAUUGAAGUAGCUUGCAUAAUCAAACUAAGUAACAACACUAUUCACGUGUUCCCUGUUGAUGAGAUCCUGCCACUCGAUAAUUGCAGCCAUUACAAAUGUGAAAAAAUUGAAGAUCAAUUUGUUCCAGUCCAAACUAAAAAAAUAUGCCCCGAGUAUGACCCAGGAGAGUGUGAUCCUGAUGAAGCAGAGACUACUCCCGAUGGCUGCUGCAAAAUAUGUAAACCUGCAAAGUGCAAACCAUACAGCAAAAAAACUGUGAUCCAGCAAGGAGACUGUGAAUCUUCUGAACCUGUUGAGCUGACAUAUUGUGAAGGAACUUGUCCUGGCUCCUCAGUGUAUUCUCUUGAAGCAAACCAGAUGCAACACGAGUGUAGUUGCUGCCAGGAGUACAGCAGCCAAACAAGAGAGGUGACCCUGACUUGCCAAAAUGGAACAAGCAUAAAUUACAACUACGUCUACGUGGAACAAUGCCAGUGUACAAAUGCAUGCACUUCAGAAACCUCUACAGCAUACGACUCCCAACGGAAAAUCAGAAGUAAGAGAUGAUCACUGGAACAAGCAAGCAGAGACUCUAAGGGAAGCUGAAAUCAUGUUUUCCCCAGAAUAACCUGUGCUCCUUCUUUAACAGAUCUUACGUCAGUUUCUGUUAUUACCUUUUCUUAUUUCUUACUUGUGAAAAAAAAAAAUA